UUCAACAUGGCGGCCACGACACCCAAAGAAUUAACAGCAGUAUGUAGCUGUUGACAAGACGGUUGUUUAUCUAGUGUUGUCGUAGUUAGUGAAUAUGUAUUACGUUAAAUAGAUUUAAAUAGUUUAGCAUAGUCUACCUGUAAAAGCAUGAACAUACAGUACAAAAGAUGCAAAACACAGGAAACGCAAGCUGAAAAGCAUAUUAAAUACCAUAAUUUCAGCUCUUCUGCUUGAAACUAUAGGUUGUUGGUUUAAAACUGGUAAUAUGUUAUAGGACCAUUGCUAUUUCUGGCUAGCUCCAGUGCUGCCAUGAUGCUCUCUGGCAAGGGAAUGAACUGCCUCUAUAUGCCAUCAGUCCUCCUACAGGAACUCUAGCUCAGGCUCUUGAUGAUGUCACUGCUGGUCCCCCAGAUGCCACUGGAGUGCAGUGCAGCAACAGUUCUGCUGCCAAGCUAGCACUGCCUCCUCCAUAUCAGAUGUAAUCCAUAAUGUAUAUGAUAAUUUAUAUGCAUACAUGUAUUUGUGUCUGGAGUCUCGUAAAGCAUGUGGCUUUAGCAGCUUGGUGUGAGCUGUCAUUUAGCACAACAUAAAAUUUCAACAUUUUUAAUAUAUGUGGUUCCUUGUGCUUUGUCACUCAGAUAAUAUCAAAGAGUAAUUGAUAAUCACAGAUUAACAGAAUCCAUCUGAUAAAAUACGGAGAUAUGAUAUAUAAUUUCAGGGGGAAAUUACUCUACAGUUGGACGGUAACCUUCAUAAAUUCUCUGGACUCGGUACAAAAAAAUGAGAUAAAAUGGUUGACAUUCAUUCAUUUUCACUUUCUAAAAUCAGUACUUAAACUGUAUCAGCAAAAUCUAAGUAAAAGAAAUUUAUUUGAAACAUACAGCCAUUCUCACCUUUUUCCUAAAACCUAGUACACUCAGUCUGUUCCAUAAUGCAACAGGUUAAAUGUACAUAGUUUCACCAUUUUCACUGCCAUCUGUAAUGAUUCUGCAAAGAUUAACAUAACACUGGAGCAAAAAAAACACAAUGAUUACAGCAGAACUCCCAUGUAUACACAUGCAAAUAAGUUCUUCACUCAUCUUCUAACUGUCCAUCCUGGUUAGGGUCACCAGUACCAGGCAGCAUAAGGCUGGGUGCACCUUGGUCAGAAUGCCAUUCAAUCCCAGGGCAAAUACAUGCACACACAACUGCUAAUUUAGAGACAGCAAUCAGCCUAUGUGAAUGUCUUUGGACUGUAAUAGGAAACUGAAGGACACACACACUCUUGGGCUCCCCCUAGUGUCUGGGCCCCUGAAAGUCUUCUCUUUUCUGCCCUCUUAUAGCAGGUCUGGGUGUGAGGCAGCAGUACCCAAGUACUAUUUACGUUGGAAGCAUUUCUGAAGUAUGAGUCACAGGGAAAUUUUUUAAGGCAUUUGUUGCUGAUGGCAGAGUUUUGCUGUUGCCCUGCAGUGGUGAUGCUAAUGACCUGAAUGCAAAUGCAGCCCUAAUGAUGCUGCAGGAGGUGCUGCAGGAGGUGCUAAUAUGUGCAGCUGGAGUGUAAGACUUCUGUAGGCCAAGGGUGGAGAAGAAAGAGAGCAUCUCGUCCUUGGAAGCGGCUUCGGGUUUAUUCACUUCCAGUUUAGCUUUUUGUCUUGCUUCUGCAGAAGGAGUGUUGUUAGAUUAAUUUGCAGUAUGGUGGUGUGAUCUUCAAAAUUUAUAAAUCAUAUUAUAACUGUAGAUUUAAUAUUUUGUACUUGAAAAAUAACAUGCAAAUCAUGGGGACAAAAAACCACAACUUUCAGUAAUGGGGAAAGUAAGCGAAUUGGAAGUAUGGGGUUGAAGCACUUCAUGUAAAUACUUCAUAGUGUCCCUUCUUUAACUCUGAGUGCAGCUUGAGAAUAAAACUGGGUUUUUAUUCAGAUUAUGUAACAUCCAUCCCUUGACCUUCCAGCUGCUUAUGCUGCCCAUGGUCUGAGGCCUGGAGCCUGUUUCAGGCAGCAUAGGGCACAAGGCGGGGAGACACUCUGGUCGGGAUGCCUGUCAGUUGCGGUUUAGACACACACACACACACACACACACACACACACACACACACACACUACAGGCAUUUUAGGCACCAAUUAGUCUGACUGCAUGUCUUUAUUCUGUACUCCAUAACACUGUCCAUCAAUUAAAAUGUACUAAAGUUAGACACAUGGGUGGCAUUGGGCUCAGUGAGUACUGCUGCUUCUUGACACCUAUAAAGUUGCUGUUUUGAAUCUCACAUAUGCUCUGUGUGCAUAUUCUCCUUGUCUUGUGUGGGUUUCCUUCUGCAGUCCAUAGACAUACAGCUAUUAUCUGGCACCUCUAAAUUGCCCAAAAUGUAUGACUGAAUAUGUGCCUUGUGGCGGACUGGCAUCCCAUCUUACCUUAAGCUCUCUGUUGCCUGGGUUCCAUCCAUGACCCUGACGAGGGUAAGUCAUUAUAAGAUGAAUUAUGUGAAAUACUGUAUGGAUAUUUAUGAAACUGACUUCUAUCUCUUUGUUCCAAACCUGAAAGUGGCCAUUAGAGGUCACAUUUUGCUAGUGACCAAGUGGAACUCGGAAUGUUUAAAAGCUUGCCCGUGUACCUUAUUCAAUUCUGUGUCACUCAUUAACUGAGCAAUUGACCGGCACAAUGACACGUCCUGACAGCUCAUCUUUGACGUCACUGUUGUAUGUCAUGUCGUAAAAAAAAAACCUUUUGUAUUAAUUGUCAAGGGAUGCAGUAGGGGACUCUGAAAAUUCAUGACCAAUAUGUGCAGGCUCAAAUUCUUGCAAAAUAGUGCCCAUCCAUCCAUUUUCAGAAACCGCUUGUCCUAUCCAGGGUUGCGGAGUGUCCAGAGCCCAUCCUGGAGGCUACAGACGCAAAGCAGGGAACAACCCAGGAUGAAGUGCCAAACCAUCGCAGUGCAAAAAAGUGCCCAAACAAAAUUCCAAAACCAGCCAGUGUCUAAAAAUAAUAUCCAGCUGUGAGCAAGCUAUGAAAACUCUAACAUUAUACCAGUUAAACAACACUGUUAAAACAUACCAAGUAUGCUAGGAAUAAACACAGCGAGUGUUAAGGGAAGGAAGCAGGAACUGUUAAAAAAUCCUCUGCUGGAUGCAUUUCUCUAACAGAGAACAUUCAAGGUAAUAAUUCUGAUUUUUCUAAUCUAUUGAAUCAACUAAUUGCUGUUAUACCUUGGUUUCAUAGGCAACACACAUAUAAGUUUAUUUGAAUUAUGUUAAAUGCUAUAGUAGAGGACUGUUAAAGCAAAAGAAUUAUCACUAUAUUCUGGUUUAGAAGCAGAAAUAAAUCUGUCCUGUUGCACAAAUAAUCAAAUACCAGAUUCAGGUCUUUCCUGAUCAGUUCUUUCGAAAUUCAUGCUGAAUGGUUGUAAUAUAUUUAUAUUAUCAGCAGAAUAGAUAAUGUGCAGAAAGUAUUCAUAUCACAUGUAUUUUAAGGUGGUUUAUCUCUGGGUGGAUUUUAUUUUUAUAGGUUUGUAGGUCAGAUUAAAUAAAUACUGACACACUGUGUAAAGCAAUUACUGAGAAACCCACAGACCAAAAUUUCUGUGUACAAAACAGCAGUUACAAAUCAUUGUUAGAACCUGCCUUUCAUUCAUGUUAUUGAUCAAAUCACUGUUAUCAGUUCCUUAUGUACUCAUUGAAUGGAAGAUUUUAAAUGAAUGUGGUCAGAUUUUUGAUAAAUGACCUCUGUAAGGUAGCAUAUCACUGAUUGGCCAACAUUUCUGGAGUCAGCAUUCUUGUAAAAUCUUUUGGACUUUGAAGAAGAUCAUGGCAGGUCAUGCAGCAAGGGUCAGCCAGUAGAAUGUAUGCUCACAUCAGCAUAAUCUGAUUUGGGAGAGUAACACCCAAUGGUAAACAUGCUCAGCAACAGAGACUAAUAAUCUUCACCUUAGGUGUGGUCUCAGUUCUCCGUGGAGCCAUAUAAAACCCACGGGAUGUAAGGAGAACUUCCAUCGGGUUUGAACACCGCAGAAGCUGUUCAUACAGGUGUCUAUCCAGCCAGAAACGAUGAAGUUCCCUAUCACUGCCAUUAUGCUGUUGGCACUGAUUCAUGGCAGUGAGUCCUUCACGGUGGCAAAGAGAGAUGUCUCCGCUGAUGUUGAUAAGCUGACUAAGUAUGUCCAGGAUCUUUCUACCAUAGUAACUAGUGUUACACGUGAACUGGUGGAGAAAGUGAAGAACCAUGAGCUCACUGGCAAGGCCCAAACCUACCUUGAGCAAGGAAAAGUCCACCUGCAGCCUCUAGCAGAUAAGCUCCAGGAGAACCUGAAGCCCCUGACCUCCAGCAUCGAGAAGACACUUAAGCCUUUGACCGACUCUGUGCAGGCACAAGUCGAACCCCUGAUUGAGUCUGUCAUGGAGGAAAUGUGGAAGAAGGUGAUGAAUCGUGUCAAAGCGCUGCUUCCUGACCAGUAAAACAGUUUUCACUGUCGCCACGCUGAAGCAAAGAGAGAAGAAUCACCCCAGUUUUAAAAUGUACGUUUUAAUCCUUCACACUGCUUUGUACCUUUAUCUGCUGUAAUAUUUUUUCACCAUUAAAGAACUAUAAAAGAAAUCGCAUCAUCCUUACUUUGCCACAGGCUAUUUGGAGAUAUAGGUUUCUGAUUAUAUUUUUCUUGAGUAAGGCUUAUCACAAUCAUCCUUGGGUAACUCUAAGAGCUCAC